UAGGAGUGGUAAUGUUUGGGGAUCAACUUACUAUUAUUGAAUUCACAGGGGGUAAAAUGCUAAAAAUUCGAAAGUAUCGACGUAUCAUAACAGGCCCCAGUUCCCAGGAACGAGGAACCGCACUGAACCCACUGUAGGCAGAAGAGUACCCUCUCAGUGAUGUCUGCCAACUUCGAUAAACUUGGCGUCGCUCUUUUUUUCUUCGUGACUCUGUUCUCCGCGGCAUUUGGAGAUGGGGUUAGGGGUGCUAGGAAAUUCCCUUUAGUUGUCAGCACCUGGCCCUUCCUGGAAGCUGUCAGAGCAGCAUGGAGAGCUGUUGAUGGUGGACUUUCCGCCGUGGAUGCAGUUGUAGAAGGUUGUUCUGCUUGUGAGGAACUGAGAUGCGAUGGUACAGUUGGUCCUGGAGGAAGCCCGGAUGAGAAUGGAGAAACAACAAUUGAUGCUAUGAUCAUGAAUGGGGUAACAAUGGAGGUUGGAGCUGUUGCAGCGAUGAGGUAUGUGAGCGAUGGCAUCAAAGCUGCAAGAUUAGUAAUGCAGCAUACUAAACACACUAUGCUUGUUGGAGAGCAAGCAUCAAUAUUUGCCAUUUCUAUGGGUCUUCCAGGCCCCAAAAACUUAAGUUCUGAAGAUUCUAUAGAGAAGUGGAAAAAUUGGAAAAAGAAUAAGUGCCAGCCCAAUUUUAGGAAAAACGUUAUGCCGAUUGAUGAUUGUGGUCCUUACCGUCCAGAGAGUAGUAAUAACCUUGGUGGGGGAAUAUGCUUGAACCCGAAGACGACUGGCUUUGAUGAGUCUGGGUCGUCCCUUUUUAAUCUCCAUAGCCACGAUACAAUAUCCUUGGCUGUUAUUGACAAAUUGGGACAUAUAGCUGUUGGUACGUCUACCAACGGGGCUACUUUUAAGAUUCCGGGCAGGGUCGGUGAUGGACCUAUUGCCGGAUCUUCUGCAUAUGCUGACACUGAUGUUGGAGCUUGUGGGGCUACUGGGGAUGGUGAUAUCAUGAUGCGCUUUCUUCCUUGCUAUCAAGUCAUUGAGAGUAUGAGGUUAGGCAUGGAACCUAAGCUUGCUGCCCAGGAUGCCAUUGCAAGAAUCGCAAGGAAAUACCCUGAUUUUGUUGGAGCCAUUUUUGCAGUCAAUAAGAAUGGUGUCCAUGCAGGUGCAUGCCAUGGUUGGACUUUUCAGUACUCAGUGAGGAGCCCUGACAUGGCUGAUGUGGAAGUUUAUACAGUCAUUCCGGAGAUGGCAGCAGAGUGAAGCUGCAGGUCUAGCAUUCUGGAUAUGUUGUAUAUGAUUCUUAUCCAUCCCGGCUGCUGGAAUUUAUAUCAGAAGGUUAAACAAAGAUUUAGGCAAUAACUAACCGGAGAUUGAGGAUGUUCUUGUUUUUGCCAUGAGAUUUUGACACGAUCCUACUGAAUGAUGGAUUUUUCAGUGCAUGUAAGUUGUCUUCACAUUGUUGAAUAAAGGAAGUUGCAAUGCCCCAAAAUAUAUUUGAAGAGGCUUUCAAUUUACGCAAGAAAUGAAGACACCUCUCUUCUUUUUCAAACUUAUAUUCUGACAAUAGAAUGGAAAUGGAUGAAGGACUUUCUUUUGUAAUAUUUGAACUAAUUUAAUUCCCUUGGUUCUUUAAAUGGUGGAAUUCUGGGGGGUUGAGGUGUUCCAAACAAUUUUCAAUAGAUGAAUGGAAUCAAUAUUAUAAGUCACACUGCUCCCCAUCAGAACCCACCCCCACUGGAUUAACUGGCUACAAUUAUUCAUCUCCGAAACAGACAAGAGAUUAAGACACUGGAAAUUUUCUUGAUUUUGGUUGGAUAUGGGAGAGAAAAAGCUCUACUUUAUACAUUAGAAAGUGAUACUUGUACCUAUAGAUUCUAUACAGUAAGUCCAAGCACUACU